AAUUAUCGAUAUGGUGAAAGAAUGAGAGUCGGAUAUCAUAGGCUUAUACAGUGUUGCCCGAAAAGAUUGUCUUCUCUUCGUCGACCAAAUCCGAAGCGGUUGAGUUUCUCGCCGGGCAGUCAUGCUGGUUCUAGUCCUCUUUUUGAUCAAGCCAUCGUGACAUGUCUACCGGGACUGGAAUUCAUCUUGUCUUCGGAGUUGCAAAUGCUUGGUAUACAGCACCAUGCGCCGUCAUCGAAGACGAAGAAGAAAGCUGGGAAAAUCCGUCUUCAUAAGGACUAUUCGACCAUCGAUGAUCUGUUUCGGUGCUGCUUGUAUCUAGGAAGCGCCUCCCAAGUUCGCUUGCGGCUUGCGUCGUUUUCGGCACGUGGACUACCCGAGCUAAAGCGCAAAACGGCUAAGGUUCCGUGGAACGAGAUCUGUAGCGUAGAUUCCGUCACGAACGGCACCAUCGAUGUGCGGGUUGUAUCGUCGAAGAGCAAAUUAUACCACACAGGUGCCAUUCGGGAACGUAUCCUACAGAGCAUCAAUCACCAUUUUGGACUGCCAAACGAGACAUUUGGAACAAAACACGGACGAAGAAAGGGAAAAAGCCACAAAGCCUCGAAGAUAAAAGAUAGACCUGCUCAUGAUAGUUUUCCAGCAGUGCUUUUGGAUGUGCACGUUUCUUAUGAUCACGUUGAGAUCUUUCUCAACGCCUUCCCUCUGCCCUUGCAUGAACGUGGUUACAGACAACAGCUUGCCAAGGCACCACUCCGAGAAGACAUAGCAUUUUCUAUGUUGCUAACAGCCGGCUGGAAACCUUCAUGGAGUCUUGGCAACGAAACCACUCAAGACAACGAGUGGCAGGGUCUCGUUGAUCCCUUUUGUGGUUCCGGCACCAUCGCUAUUGAAGGUGCCGCAAUGAUGCUAGGCUUGCCUCCCGGUAGAUUUAGAUAUCAUAGCCCAUUUCGAGGUACGCUGUUGCAAAACUCAAAAAAAUGGUCGACCGAAGUACAACAAAGCAUUGCUGCUGCUGCUGUGAAAAAACAUGAACUUGGCGAUAAUUCAUUUUCCAUCUCGGCCUCCGAUCGGGAUUCUGGGGCCGUGGAAGCCACAAAGGCGAACGCCGAGAGGGCAGGAGUUUUAGAAGCUAUACAUGUUGAAAAUGCACCUCUUUCAGAUCAAAGAUGGUUUGGAACACCUUCCGAAGCCCCGCACUCUUUGCUAAUCGUAACGAACCCUCCGUUCGGAAAACGGGUAUCUUCCAAGUCAACAUCAUCAACGAAGGGAUUGUUGCCAUUGUACCAAAGCUUGGGAAAGUACGUGGAAUGCUUGUCUCAGAAAUACAAGCGUAGAUUAUGUGGUAUUAUUUUGACCGACAACCCGGGGCUCUGGUCGAGGACUGGGGCAUCUUUUCCCUUCAAAACAUCCUUCAAAACGUUCCACGGGGGUAUUAAAGUUUCUGCUAUGAAUUUCCAAUUUGAUUGUAAUCGUGUUUACACAAUAGACUCAAGCUUGAAAUCAGAUGAUAGUAAACAGCAGCAAAUAUAGCGCAAUUUGGAAUCAACGCAUCACGUUCUA